AUGUCGUGCGAAUCUGGCCUUUGUGCUGAAACAUGGAACUUAUACAUCGAUCAGGCGACGAAGAGUGAGGAAGAAUUUCUCAAGGCUUGUAAUAUGGAGAUGGACACCCUGCUCCUCUUUGCUACUCUGUUCUCCGCGGUUCUCACGGCGUUCGUCAUCGAGUCUUACCAGAGUCUGCAAGUGGACACCGGUGCAGUCACAGUGCAGCUCCUACAGCAGCUUCUCGCCUCUACGCAAUCCAACGGGACAAAGGCUGAGAGUGAGACCAAUCUCUCCGACCAGCCCUUUCGGCCCACCAGCUCUGCCGUUCGCGUCAAUUCGUACUGGUUUGCAGCCCUUGUCGUCAGUGUCUCGACCGCAUUUCUCACUAUUCUCGCGAAGCAAUGGCUGUUCAGCCUGAGCCGCGGUCUAGCGUCCACUCAGGAGAUGAUGGGGCGGCAGCAGCAAUAUCGCCACGACAACCUGCGCGCAUGGGGGCUCGCCCCGCUUCUCGCCGCUCUGCCGAUCUUGCUGCACGUUUCCCUCCUGCUAUUCCUAGUCGGCCUCGUCGAGUUCCUGUGGCCGAUUAAUAAGACCGUUGCCAUAGUCUCCGCGAGCCUCACUUCCGCCACUGUCUUCUUCUACGCCGUUACCCACAUCCUCUCGCUGAUAUAUCCCACGUGUCCUUAUCGGACGUCCGUCACGACGGUCAUACUCUCCAGCAUCAACGCCUUCUUCAGGGAGGUACUGGCAGACUGGUGGAGCAUCAAGACCGUCGUCGGUAUACGCCUCUACAUGCUCCUGAGGUCGUAUAUCGAGUCACUCUCCGAGGAUGGCCGAGAAGCGUACUACUACACGAUCGACGCGUUGGGAUACCCAGGGAGAUGGCGGAGGAAGAACAAGGUCUGGUGGUCCCAGAAACUCACGAAGGUAUUCACGCCGCAGUACUGGGAGGACAAGUACAUCUCGAACAAUGCGGAGUUGAUCGACGCUCGUGCACUCGCGAGUAUGGUGGAGAGGUCCGCGCGGUUGGAUACAGGUUCUAAAUUGCUCGUCGAAGAGCUAGCACACUUCCGCGGCCUGGUAUCCCACAGAGACGUUCUCCUCGAGGCGGGCGCCAUCGGGUUGAUGGUGCGGCACCUUCGGAGUCAAUAUUCUGGAUCCCUUGUGGGUCUGAUUGAGAAGGAAAAAGAAGCCAUCAGACACCUAACCGGUGCACUCGUACGCAUCGUCACCGAGGCAGAAGAGCACGAUACACGAACUUCAGUGCACGUCUCGGGGAUUCCACUCCCCCUUGAUCCAGCGAUUGCAAGUGACGUCUUGUACGGCGACAACGGCAUCAGAUCCCUCACCGUGUCUGGCCUAUGUACCCCUGACGCCAGUGUCUCUGAUAACGGAGACCUCGUGUUCUUUUCCCAUCUACUACGUCUUCAUCUUGUCGUCUCCUCUGAUAGGUGGUACUGGAGCCCAAUACAAACCUCGAUCGAUGAUUUCCAUACGCGACUACGCGAUCCAAGUCGAACGUCCAACCUCAAAGAUGAGGACCUCAUCGCUCUUGUUAACACCACGAUUUACAUUGCCAUGCGACCCAUACGUGUUGAAGGCGAUACCGCCCGCGCCUGGACAGAGGACCGCCCGCAGGCGCAGAAUUCUGUCCGCGCCCUCAUAACACUGGGCGAGCUCAUGCUACACAACCCUCUCAUGGGACACGCGGCCCGUCGUCAAAUCUGCUGGGGAAUCUGGCGCUGUCAUAAGCAAAUUCCGGAGACGUACAUCCAGUUCGGCUCGCUCAUCCCGAGGAUCGCGAAGACGGCGAACCUUGGGGAACAUCUCGCUGACUUCCUAUCAUCCCUACACGACCACUGCGCAGAUAUCGGGCCGCCUCUGCAGCUCGCAGUGCUGGUACUCAUGGAGGGGCUACUCUAUGCGCCUCGUGAGGGCGCGGAAGCCGAUCUUGAAGACCAGGACAAGCUGUUUAACACACUUACACGAGACUUUCCGACCUUCUUGUACGUUCUACAUCAACAGUUGUGCAAGACGUGGCCCGACGAGCUCCCUAUAUUCGUGCGGCUGUUUCAUCGGAUUGUCACGAUCUCAGUUUUCUUGCUCUUUCCCCCUGAGGAAUGCAGUGAGAGGGUGCGAGUCAACAGGGAGCACCUCCGGCACGCUCUGUUUCGGCUCUUGGAGCAAGUAGCUCGCGGACCCGCUGCCACUAUCGAGCCUCCUAGGAUCAAAAGUGCCUCUCAAACAUCCAGAACACCGUCCAUGGAGGAAAAGAAAGCUGUUGAGGUUGUAGACACGGAGGUAGAACCACGCUGUGGUACAGGUGACGAUCACGACACCUACACGUUGGUAUUAGACGAGCUUUCAGCCGAAAAGCUCGCCAGGACGGGUUUCGUAGCGGUCUUGAGGGCGGCAUCACUGCAGACAUACUCGGAGCCUGUGAAGACGAUACUAACCAUGAUCGCGGACAUGGCUUGCACAUCGAGUCAGGAGAGCGCUGGCGGUGGAUAUUUAGAUGGUACAAUCUUGGCAUAUCUGAGAGAUUCAGCGGAUGGAGUAGAAGAGCUUAUUCGCCAACUUCUCAGCGACGACAAGUAUAUGGAGGAGGCACAAUCUGCCAUCAGAGCCAUAGCCAGACCUGACCAAGACAUCCAAUAUUCGAGGCUGCUGAAUCCGGGGUACAAAUUGAGGAAAGACCGACGUGGACCACAGUUCGAUUUAGAGCCUUUUCCUAUACUUCCCCACAUAUUCGUUCCGGGACAACAUCCUGAGAAGGACCCCCCUAGGUUUUACUACGGGUGGCCUCCAAAUAGUGAUACGCUGCUGGACUAUGCAUACUCGCACAAGCUCAGCGGGACAGAGCCUGAAAUCACAGCAUCAGAUGAUGACGAGCUGUAUAAAAGUUCUUCAGAGGAAGAGGGUGAGGAUAAGGACAAGAAGAAAAAGGAUGGCGAGGAUGACGGGAAGGGCCAGGAAGGAAUGAAGCAUGAAGCAGAAGCUAAUCGGAGCGCUUGCAGCAGCGGGAAGCAAAUCGGAAAUCGGGCCAGAGACUCGUUGACAGUUGAAGAAUUGGCGAGCCCGGAGGAGCAAGUCACUGGAACGCAACAAGAUAGCCAACUUGGUGUCGCCAAGCAGCCCCGUAAAGGAGACGAUGGUCUGGCCAUGUUUGCGGCUAUCGAGGACAUACUCAUCAAUCUGGGCCUUGCAAGAAUGCUCUUGGAGUUGGAGAAGGAGAAGCUCGCUGGUACCUAUCAAGCAGCGGGGGUACAUGGGAGUCGAAGUCGGGUAGACGACGUUGGUGUUGGUAAAGGCGCAAAGCAAGGCCGGCAUCCCUGUGAUUACCUAGUACGCACUGUCCCACAUAUGCACCAUGAAUUCGGCAUUAUCAUAAGCAUGUGA